UGAACUCUAGGUUAUCCCAGAAACUUCCCUUAAUAAGUGAAUUUUUUACCAAACAAAAUCUCUCCUACAUUCUACAAUUUUAUCUCUCUAUCCAUCUCCGGAAGUUUCAAGAACUCCCUGUCCUGUUCUAUACAAAGCCUGCUAUAUAUAUAUAAUCUAUAGCAUUAACGAGAACAGCAGCCAACGACUUCAGCACAAUACAACAUACGACAAUGUCUCUGCUUGAAUCUCUGUUCCACCAAACCAGCAAUUUUUAUCCCUUUGGGGGUUUCUUCAUCGACACCCCGAUGGACUGGAAGGAAACUCCUGAAGCCCACGUUUUUGAAAUCGAUCUUCCAGGCCUUACAAAGGAGGAUGUGAAGCUCCAAAUUCAUCAAGAAAGAGUUGUUCAAAUCUGUGCGGAAAGAAAAGAAGAUCCUGACGUUGAUUAUGAGAAAUGGCAUUGCAGGGAAAGGAGCGGAAGCAACUUCUCUAGGCAAUUCCUUUUGCCCCAAAAUGCUAAGGUUGAUGAGAUCAAGGCAUCAAUGCGUGACGGUGUGUUGGCUGUGACAGUACCUAAAAAUGAUAAGAAGAAGAAGAAGAAGAAGAAGAAGAAGAAGAAGAAUAAGAAAGGUGUUGAUAUUGAGAUGUCAAGAGAGGAAACUCAACCUUCUAAAGGACUUGGCCGUUUCAUCUGCUGCAAAGCUUGAAUAAUUGAAGGAAAUGGUUCCAUUCCGUUCUUCUCUUGUAAAUUAUGUGAUUGCCGUUACGCUACAUUACAUGACUUUUUCUUUUCUUUUUUUCUUUUUUGUUUGUGAGUGCAAAAAUACUAUCAUUUAAUAAAGAGCGUUUGUUUAAAAUAUUUAUUUUUAAUAAAGAGUGUAAA